AUGAGAAGAGACAGUGACGAGACGCUGCUCAUAGAAUGCGACAUCGCGCAAGCAAACGAGUACGAGCUUGAUUCGUUCAGCAAGCACCCCAAACGCCACACGGUGCCGCCGCUCGACCAGACAAGCGACAAGACAUGGUUCCCCUGGAUCCUGCGCAUGAUGAACCUUGUCAGCGCGGCUCACCUACUCCUCGCGGCUUGUCUCCUUUUGAUGCUCAAGCUCAACGCCGUCUCUAGCGGCUGGCCUGCGCUGUCGGCUAGCGUCAAAGGCGUCAACUCACGUUUCCUGUACAGCGUACCACCCGUGCUGCUUUCUGUGCCCCUCGUUGCCAUGUGGGCAAUGAUCGACUAUCAAGUCAAGAAAAUUCAACCUUUCCUCGAUCUAGCAAUGUGCUCGGCCACACGCGAGCAAAGCUUCGCUCUCAAUUACCUAGAGACAAGCCGGUUCAUCGUCUGGAUCGACACGCUACGUAACCGACACUUUGCUGCAACCUUCUCCACGCUGGCUUGCCUCGUCGCUUUGUCGUUUCAACCACUCGCAUCUGCGCUGCUCCUCGUAAAGGAUGUCUCGGUCACUCGUGGCGCAUUGGCCAUCACGGUGAAGCAAGCUACGAGCAUCACACAGACGUCAGCAGACUUGCUUGCAUACGUAGCAGCUGCCGGCUACAUCGAAUCAGCCUCCAGCUUUGCUGUGUCACCGCCUGCCUUUGUGCUCGGCGAAUGGGCUCUACCCACCGCUCAGUGGCCAUUAAUCGCAGCCUUCAACGAUAGCGGUGCGAUCACAUACGAGACAACAGCAAUCCAAUCUCAAGCGAAUUGUUCUAUUGCCGAUCAAGUGGUGCUAUCUGCCUCAGAAGGAGGCUCUUCGCUUUCGGCCACCGGGGGUGAUUGCAGUCUGUAUCAGCCGCUCUUCCAAUCUGCAAGCUCUGUCAUCAUCCAAGCCACCGAAGUCGGAUGUGACAGCACUUCCUUAGGUCAGACGCAUUGGCCAGUGGCCUUUCUGGUCGUUCAAGCAGCGACACUGAAUUCGACAGCCCAGGCGAGUGUUGCCUUUUGCCGGCCUUACAUGCUGCAACGGACAGUGAUGGCCACAGUCGAUUACUCGACUUCUCGUCUUCUUUCGAUCGUGCCACUCGGCUCGUCCACAUCAACCACAAACGUAACCGUCAGCAAUGGGAUCUACUUCAACGCGACAAGCGAUCCUUAUAUCUCACCUCGCGUCAACGUAUCGCGCGCUGCCCUGCCUGUGGCUAUAUACCAAAGCGCUCUACGCUCUCCACUGGGCGCAGAAGCUGUGCACGGUGGCUCAGGCAUGACGGCGCUCGCAAACUCAAUCUACACUCUGUACCUCAGCAUAGCAGCAACACGGGCAUACAUGAGUGAUCAAAUGCCCGCCACCCAAAGCAUUGCGGACUGGACGGGCGCGCAAACACGCUUGAUAGUAUCACCAGCGGCUGCAUAUGCACUCGCUUUGGCACUCUUGAUCAACGCGGGGUUAGGCAUGGGGAUCAGUGUCAUACAUCAGAGAUCGCAUGCUUCGGGAAUACUGCCCGCCGAGCCCGGUACGAUAGCAGCUUGUAUAGCUCUGGCCGAGCGGCUGGGCGUAAACAAAUAA